AUGGCAAGGGCAGGCAAGAGCCUUGCCUACCUCUCUCAAGAGUUUGGAAAGGCAAGAUCAACCAUUUCAGGGAUCAUCAACCGCUGGAAGGAUCACAGAACCAAUGAAUCAAAACCCCCAACUGGUCGACGUCCCCUUACCACUGAGCAUGACAAACGACAACUCCAGGCUGUCAAGAAGCUGUUUGUGAACAAUAAGCAAGCAGCUAGGCAGCUUGCCUUUACAACAGCUCACCUCAACUGGAACGUCGACGAUUGGCCCUUGGUACUCUGGACCAACAAACCAUAUUUUGAGCUGGGUAAGAACUCCAAAGCAAUCUUGAACGAAGGCCCCAGUUCUCUUCAUGCCCCCCCCGGCCAGAGAAACACCACCAGUUUCAUUGAAAAUGUCUACGAGAAGGGCCUCCAGCCCUUCAUGGACAAUAUCAAUGAGGUGCAUCGUCCUACCCUCAUGGAGGACAAUGCACCUGUCCACACCACCAUCCUCAGACGCACAUACCAAGCCAGCCAUGGUAUCAAGAAGAUUAAAGAUGGACAUUGGUACCCGGCACCUGUUUGCCUGGUACCGCCCGGACCCACCUGGCACCUGCCGGGGGUGCAAGGUGAGGUACCUGGUGUCCAUUUCUGA